CUGCAGUAUAUCCCAUCGCAGGGAAUACUCGGAUCAACUAAAAUCCGCCAAUUCCAGGAACCAGCUAUCUUAUCGCUUUGAGAUUCGCGGGAAGGUUAAUCGCAAUUGGCGUGUCUGCGCGUUCGGGAACAAGACAAGAUGACGAGUGCACUAUAGCAUUUCUCCUUGUCAACAACACUGCAUAACGCCAUCAGCCAUCUGUUUUUGACGCCAAAGGAGCUACACCAUCAAGAUGGUCGGCAAGGUCUCCGAGAGGGUGCUCCUCCGAGAGGGGCUGGAGAGAACCGACAAUGGCAUGAAAUUGACGUCGUGGCCUGAUGUUACCCCCAUCAACCAGAAGAAUUACUACACAGAUUAUAUGAAAAGGGAUGACCAGGUCCUUGCGCUGCGACUCCAAAGCGAUGCGACUCGCGACAGACUAGUACAGAGCGCCCGAGAUCGCGACCGCGCUCUUUCAAAGCCUGCCAAUGGCGAGCUACCCCUACCACUGCCAGACCUUGGCGAAGAGGAUGGAGCGGCAACGCCCUCAGGUGGAAUGGACCCAUCGAGGGUCAUUGUUAUUCACCCCGGAAGCCAAAACCUACGCAUUGGAUUUGCGAGCGACGCCCUCCCCAAGACUAUUCCGACUACGUUGGCAACCAAAUUCCCCCAGACCGAGUCCGAGAUGUACGAGGCCUUGCCACGACGUCAGUUCGAGGCCAAGACCACGGAUCAACAAUAUGGAGAAGAGUGGUCCAAGAAAUAUCAGAAAAUGUGCAACGAUCUAAAGGUUGAGAUGCGUGCCAACAAACGAAAAGUGCUUCCCAAUUCCAAGGAGCUGGUCCAAACCUUUAACCGCCGUACCGAACCCGAGAUCAUCCAGAGGCACAACGACGUGCUGGAAGUUGAAUGGACAGAUAUAGAAAAGUUGGAGGACCCAGAGUCACUAGCAUCUUGCUUCAUCGGGAGCGAAGCACUGCGAGUCCCCGACGAUUCAAACCCAAAGUUCAAGCUGUGGUGGCCCAUACAACAAGGAUACUGGAACGAGGAUGGAUAUACGAGCCAAGAGCACCUCUAUGAUGAUUUCGAAACCCUUCUGGACAAGGCUCUGCGCCAAGAGUUGGGCUUAAAGACAAAUAGCGAGUGGCAACAGUACAGCUGUGUCUUCGUCAUCCCCGAUCUCUACGACAAAAAGUAUGUGGAGCAGGUCUUGCGGUCUUGCAUGACCUGGUUCGAGUUUAGUAGGGUGUGCUUUAUCCAGGAAAGCAUGGCGGCCACCUUUGGAGCUGGAUACACUCAGGCCUGCGUCGUCGAUGUCGGUGCCCAGAAGACUGCGGUGACGUGUGUCGAAGACGGGCUGUGUAUAGAAGACUCGAGAAUCAACCUCAAGUACGGAGGAUAUGACAUUACGGAAACGUUCAUCAAGAUGAUGCUCUAUGACAACUUUCCGUACCAGGAAAUCAACUUGCGGAGAAGAUAUGAUUUCCUGCUGGCCGAAGAACUCAAGGCGAAGCACUGUACCAUGUCACAGGCAAACAUUUCGGUGCAACUGUUCAACUUCCACGUCCGAGCACCCAACCAGCCUACGCGAAAAUAUGCGUUCAAGACGUACGACGAAGUGAUUCUAGCGGCUAUGGGAGUUUUUGAGCCAUCAAUUUUUGACAACAGCACAAAGCUCAGGGGCCGAAGAAAACUAGUCGAGCGUUCCUACAACGCCUAUGAUGUGGAUAUUCCCGACGACCCGUCCUCUGCCGCACAGCUUGCAAUUCUGGCACUGGUAAAACCAUCGCUCAUGUCCAAUGCAAAUGGUUUCUCCCAGUCGCAGCCCGAAGUGUCCACACCGAGUAAAGAGAAGCCGUCGUUCAACUUCCUUUCCACCAAAGCCGAGACGGCGACGGGAACCCCCAUGGCAUCGCAUGCUGGGUCGCCAGCACCUGAGGGUGCCAACCCUCCGGUUCCACCUCCCUAUGUUUUUGGAGCCAAUAAGGAUGGUGUCAAUGGUGACAGCCCUGCUCUAGGUAGCAUCCGGGCGGCCGGCACACCAGUUCCAGGACAGUCACAGUCCACUCAACCGCCUCCAGGAAUGUUUGUGGACGCAGCUGCGCGGGGUUCCAAAGACCUGGCAACCGAGAGAGACGAGGUGCUGCCUUUGGCGCCGCUGGACAUUGCCAUCCUCACAAGUAUUCACAACGCCGCUAAGGGCGACGAGAAGAAAGUUCGCGACUUGCUGGGCAGCAUCAUGGUCAUCGGCGGCGGCGCCAAGGUCCCACAGUUCACCGUGGUUCUGGAAGAGAGGCUGAAGGCGCUGAAGCCCGACCUCAGCGAUAGGAUCCUUGUCAGCAGAAGCGCGAGGGAUAUGGACGAACAGGUUGUGACUUGGAAGGGAGCAAGCGUCUUUGCCAAGCUGUCGACUAACGAUUCUUGGAUCACGCCGUUUGAGUUUGAAAGACUGGGCGCCCGCACGCUCCACCACAAGGUGCUCUGGGCUUGGUAGAUGGAGUUGGCUAUGUUAAUAUAUACCUCUGUGCGCGGCAUGCCUGGACACGAAUGGAGAAGGCACAAGGAUUAGGAGGGAGCAUUGGAGUUUUUUUUUUCCUGGUAUUGCUAAGGAUAUAGGAGGAAUGGGUUGUUUUGUAAUUAGGUUGUAUCGUGAUCAUUAACAGAUUUACUCUGUAGUAGAGCAAAGAAAGCACAGAAACUAUUUAAUAGAGCCUGAGACGCAGUAUAUGUGGUGUAGUUGUGGGUUAUAUACAUAGGUACUUUGUAUACUGUCCCCAUUUGCGUUAUUCAAAUGAUAGUGAAGCUUUUGGCAAUAGGAAUUGAGCAUUUCGC